CAUAUCUACUUACACGAUACCGAAUAGUACAGUAAACUGAUUACUUGUAAUCAAUAUAAUGUUAAUGUAAUUAGAUUACAGAUGUGAUCUAUUUGUAAUCAACUCAAAUGAUAGACUCUAGAAACGUGGUGGUUUCAUUUUAGUUUCGAACGGUUCGUGCACAUUGUCGGAAAAGACGUUCAAUUUUGAGAUGGAACCAUGUCAGAGAAAUGUUUUCAAUGCCUGGCAAUAUCGUCAUCUUUUCACGUUCCAAAACAUGCGUGGCAAAAAUGUAGUCGUAAUGUGCAAUUUGUGCUCGCCAAAGGUUAAUCUUUUGUCGACAUCCAGAUAUUCGACAUCAAAUUUGAAGAAGCAUUUGGAGAGAAGACACAUGGGGGUAUUUCAAUUGUUCAAAACAAAAAAACCUCGAGCGGGAAAACAAGAGAAGUCAGAACCCGGGCCCAGCAGCUUUGACCAAAUAAUGCAAUGGGAACCUCCUGCGAUGCAAGUCAAAAUUGAAACUCCUGAACAGUUUGAGCAAGAAGUGACACAUGAUGAAUCACAGGCAGUGGUGGAUUCGCUCAUCUUCAAUUUCAUAAUGGAGGGCCUGCAGCCUCCUUCCCUGCUGGAGCAGCCUGGCUUUAAGAAACUAAUUGAAGGAGUAAGUGGUGGCAUGAUGGUGAUGACGAAAGAGACACUGGUGGACAGGCUUCAGAGAGAACAGAUACAAAUGAGAGAAGAGCUGAAAGCAAAGCUGAAUGAUGUGCUGUCUGUGUGUACAACCGUAGAUAUCUGGACAGCUCGCAAGAAGAGUUACCUCACCAUGAUGUGUCACUGGGUAGACUCAACUGACCUACAAAGGAAGUCAGCGGCUCUUGCUUGCACCAGGAUCCGAGGCACACUUACAUAUGACACAAUUGCUGCAAAGAUUCACGAGGUGCAUGUAGCAUACAGUCUUGAAAAAAAAGUCCAGGCAUUGGUAACUGCCAGUGGCAGCAGUUUUGUACAAGCUUUCCAUGAGUUUCUGGGCGUUGAGGACCAGGAGGAUGAAGGUGAGGUGAGUGAAUUUUUUGACUUAAAUGCUCUCCUCUCCACACCACCUCAAGAGGGUGCUGUCCUCUUUUUGCCCCCUCAUCAGCAGUGCAUUGCCCAUGUGCUCAGUUUAGUUGCCACUGAAGACCUGGUGAAAGCGCUGACGCAGCACACAACUUGUAGUGUGUACUCCAGCGCAAUGGCUAAAUGCUCAGCUCUGUGGAGUAAAGUCCAUCAGCCUUCAGAGGCUACAGAGGACGAAAAGCCAGUCAAAGUCACAUCACGUAUCACUCGCUGGAACUUUGAGUAUGAGGCUAUUGAAGAUCUGAUGUCUCUCAAUGAUGUCCAACUUGAGGAACUCUGUUACCGAAAGAAUGUAGCUAAGCUGCUUUUGAAUGAAAUUUGCUUCUUGAAGGAAUACGUAGAGGUCUUGAAACCUUUGGCCAUCUCGCUCAACAUCUUUCAAGGGGAAGACAGAUGUUUCUUUGGGUUGGCCAUUCCUACGCUGCUUACCCUGAAGCAGAGGCUGAGGGAGAAGAAAACCAAGACGUGCAUUUUCCCAGACAUAAUCGACUCUCUCCUCGCAGGAAUAGACAGAAGGUUUGCGCCUAUCUUCUCCAAUCAGAAUGCCAAAUUAGCGGCAGCAACCAUGCCACAGUUUCGCCUAUGGUGGCUGUCCGAACCUGAAAGAGGUGACUUAAAAACAGCAUUGAUGGGGGAAGCAGUUCACAUUGACCCAGAUGCUGAAGACGAGUCGGACAGCGAUGACAUGAAGCUGGAGGACGAGUUCUUCAACUUUGGACCAAGGGACUCAAGCAACCAACGUGGCCCAAAAUUGGAGGUUCAACGUUACCUCGAGUCGACAACAAAGACACUGCAAUGCCUCCAAGACUAUCCGAGCAUCAGCAAGCUCUUCCUCAAGUUCAACACCAUCCUGACAUCUAGUGCGCCCGUAGAUCGUCUCUUCAGUCAUGGUGGUGUCUGCACCCCACAACAGAGCUGUGUAAGCGAUGAGCAUCUUGAACAACUGCUUCUCUUGCGCUACAACGGGUUGCCUAUUUGUACAACAGUAUAAUGGCUGUUUCACUCAGGUCAUCAGGUUGCCCGUUUGAGUUUUACUGUUUGCUUUUCGAAACAUUAAAUCAACAUAUAAUUGUCAAUAGGGGGAUUUUAUACUGUAAGUCCUAUAUUUUAGUCCUUACAUUUAUAUACGUUUUUAGCCUUUUGCCUUCCUGUAUGUUAAAGGUGGAGUCAGUGAUUCCAGUCCGAUACACAUUUUGUCAAAUUCAGUUACUUAUUUUCCUCACAGUCCUCAAGCUAUCCAUUCUGUGUGUGUACUGAAAAAAAAAAGUCUGUCGUGAACCUGUAAAUAAGAAACAAUCAGUGGCUAAGACUGAGCUAUCUAAGAUUGUAGACAAAAAUAUGUUGCUACAGGAGUACAAAAGGGAGAGUUGUCAGUUGAUUGUCAGUUGAGGUCAAAUAUCAGCAACCUUUUGUUAGAAUUGCAGACUGUUCAAUGAAGCAAUUUCGCUAAGCAUACACAAAAUGAGUUUGUAUUUCAACUCUAUGCUUAGUCAGAGUAGCCCACUUUGGUCCAAGUGCUAAUCAUAUGCUUCAAUGCUACGAACGAUUUCUGGUUAGGAACAGAUUAUUUCCAAAUUAUCUUAUCCAGCUCAAAUAACAUGCAUUAAUGUGAAUAAACCAUCAAAUACUAAUACAAACAUGAAAAUAUAUUGGUGAUUUGAUACACACUACAGACACUUCACAUGGUCAUAGGAUUGUAUAAACUCAUGCAUAGACAUUAACAAAAUUAUUGUUUACAUGCUAAAUGCUUAGUCUUUAUGAUGCAUAUUAUGUAGGUCCAGAUUUUAAUAUUAUUGAAUGUGUGUGUGUGUGUGUGAAUGUGAAUGUGUAUGUGUGUGUAUAUAU